CUCGUCAACCUGCACUGUAAGAGAGGCGGGGAGGGAGAGAGAGAGAGAGAUGUCUUCGCCGUCACUCCCUUACUGCGCGAGCGAGAAGAAGCCAUGCGUGAGGUGGGUUCAGAAGUAUUUCAAGGACUGCUUGUGCAGCGUCAUGGACGAGGUGUCGUUCGGGUUCGGGCUGACGAGCCUGGUGUGUUGGGGCGUCGCCGAGAUCCCACAGAUCAUCACCAACUUCCGCACCAAGUCCAGCCAUGGCGUCUCCCUCGCCUUCCUCCUCACUUGGGUCGCUGGGGACGUGUUCAAUCUGGUCGGCUGUCUUCUUGAACCAGCAACGUUGCCGACUCAGUACUACACAGCCCUGCUUUACACCACGAGCACUGUGGUGCUGGUGUUGCAGAGCUUGUACUACGACCAUGUCUACAGGUGGCUGAAGCGCCGACACAUCAAGAAACCCGACCAGAAGUUGCAGAGUGAAGAGAAGGAACCAUUGGAACCAAAAGCGACUCGUCAAUCGGGAAUCCCCAUUCCUAGCGCCACGGCUAAGGCGACUCCGGUGAAAGCAUCUCCGAGAAGAGAAUUCUAUUACACCUCUGCUAGGUCUUUGGCCAGGAGCGGAACGCCGCCGUUCCGGACGUACAUCAGGGUGGCUAGGAGUGGCCCGUCUGCCAUGCAGCUGGAGAGCGACUCAUCUUCCGACGACGAGGCCGCUCCGGUCCCGUCCGUGAGGUCGGUCAGCAAGCCCAAGCCAAUCCCACGAUCGGUGGGGUAUGGGACAUUUCUAGCAUCAUCCCUCACUCUCCCUCUUCAGAACAAAGCUUUCACAGAAGCUCGUGUCGGACUGGCCACGAGGAGAUUGUUACAAGAAGGUGGAAUGGAGCACAGUGCGUUCGGACAAUGGCUUGGAUGGCUAAUGGCUGCCAUAUACAUGGGUGGCAGACUCCCUCAGAUAUGGUUAAAUAUCAAAAGAGGGAGCGUCGAGGGCUUGAAUCCUCUUAUGUUCGUCUUCGCACUGGUUGCCAAUGUUACCUAUGUGGGAAGCAUUCUAGUGAGAACCACCGAGUGGGAAAGUAUCAAAGCUAACAUGCCGUGGCUGUUGGACGCAAUCGUUUGCGUGGCACUUGACUUUUUCAUCAUAUUGCAGUACAUCUACUACAGGCACUUCAGGAAAAUCGAGAACAGCGACGAGGAAGGCCAUGGAUACUACAAGGAAGCCGGCAAAGGCGCGGCAUCUUGACUGGCACGUUUGCUGCGCGCGGCUCGUGCUCUAGGCGUCUCGGAAUUCUUAGUUUUGUACUGUUUUCUUUUGAGGAUGUGCCUUAUUAGUGUUCAUAAUCUGCCGUCGCCCUUUUUAAUCUUUCAUGACCCAGUUAUAUGACCCAGUCAUACACUGGAUUGAAAAUUUCAGAGGCUAAAAGCGGGAAGUCAUUAUAUAUUUGCAGAGCCAAGUAAACUUUGGUUCGAUUUAAGAAGAAACGCAAUUCUGGACAAAGCAA